AUGAAUCUGUCCGACUUCAACGGACUCUACUUAAGUGGUGACACGGCCUACCUUGCAAACGGGACUUACCAUCAGUUCAAAUGCGUGGUACCAGACAUUGACCCGGGGGCAUCUUUCGUUUGGACGCUGGGGAGUCAGGUGAUACCACAGGACACGACCACUCACCAGAAGAAGUCUACCUUUUUAACCACCAGUACCAGCUACGCAACAUUGACAGUGUCCUGGUCCAUGCAAGGGGAAUCGCUGAAGUGUCACGCGUCAAGCCACGAUGGUCAUUCUGGCGUCGAGGUGACUAUUUACCUCGAUGUUCAAGUACUGCCGACAUCGUCUUCCAUUACACUCUUCGACUUUAAUGGUACCAUGUUCGGACCGACCGCAGACGUCUUGUACGGUAUACCGCUUACUUUUGUGUGUGAGGUAUUGGACACCAGACCAGCUCCAAUCAUAGAGUGGUACCUCAACGAGACCUUGCACAACACCUCCUACCCAUCCGAUGUAGAUGACGAGAAUUUGGUCAAUACGACGGCAACUUGGACGUUUACUCCUAAUGGGACCAGACACGUUCAAGUUGUGAAAUGUGUUGCGAGAACUGCAGCGUCACGGUAUCCAUACCCAUCAGAUACGGUCACACUGUCUGUCUUUGCAUAUCCUGUCAACAUCACUCUAUCCGAUUCAACUGGGAGCUUUCUACCCACUGGCGGCACAGCACACCUCGUCGAAGGGUUGGGACACCAGUUUACCUGUGUCGUGCCGAACAUCGAUCCAGGAGCCUCCUUCACGUGGACGAUCGGUCAGCAGCACAUCACAGCAUCGAACAAUCACGACACUGGUACCAUCGGGCUGACUACCAGUACAAGUGUUGCUACUGUGGUACCAACAGCAGAUGAUAACGGACUGAUGUUGCGAUGCAAAGCGUCGAAUGAGGAUGGACAUCCGGGCAUUUCCAUCAGCAUCACGCUUGAUGUGAGAGCACCACCUAAGGUAUCGGCCAUGUCACUGCACGAUUCCGGUGGGACAAUCUUAGGAGAGACAGCCGAGGUAUACCAAGGUAUAGGGACUACCUUCGUCUGCGAGAUGCUGAUAAGACAAACGGCUGUGACGAUUGAGUGGUACCUAGACAGCGUGCUGAAGCACACCAUCAUGCAAGCACUUGCUGUAGGCAAUGACUUUGUUACCACCAGAGGCAACUGGUCCUUCACACCGAUUAGAGACAAUGAGGGUCAGGAGGUAAAGUGUGUCGCGAACACAACACAGUCACAGCAGCAGUACCCCUCGGUCAAUGUCACACUGCACGUCAACGUUGCCCCGACAAGCGUCAUGUUAUUCGAUUCAACCGGAAUCUACCCAUCCAGUGGAGGUGUAGCGUAUCUAGUAGAGGGAGUUGAUCGCGAGUUCACCUGCAUGGUGCCGGGAAUAGACCCAGAGGCCUCAAUCAAUUGGACGGUGGGGAGUCAGAGAAUCACACCAGAUUACAUCACCAAUGUGACUGAUGCCGAUGGAUUGAAAAACAGCACAAGUGUUGUGACCGUAUCGGUCACCAGAAUUAAGCACGACGAGGUACUGAGGUGUCAAGCGUGGAAUACAGUCUUCCAACCUAGCAUCAAUGUCAGCGUGUUGCUGGAUGUCAAAGUCCCACCAAAGGCUUCUUCUAUGGCGAUGUAUGACUCACGUGGAACAAGUCUACAUACCGUCGCCGCCGUUAAGCCUUCCACUCCAGAAACAUUCACCUGUAAGGUACAGGGUACACGACCAGCAGCAGCCAUCCAGUGGUUUCUCGACGGUCAGUCGCAGCGCAACGCCAGUGCGCCCUCCGGAGGAGGUGAUGGAUUAGUCAACACAAACGACAGUUGGUCAUUCACUCCCGACGAGACCCAUCGUGGUCAGGAGGUGAAGUGUGUGGCGAGUACGCCAGAGUCACAGCAACUGUUUCCAUUUGUAGCAGUGACGCUGGAUGUCUUUGUUCCUCUAGACAACAUCUCCUUGUCUGACUCGACAACAAACUACACGUCUACUGUUGCCAUCUCGUAUGUAGUGGCUGGUGUUGACCACCAGUUUACUUGUGAGGUACCAGGCUCCAACCCAGGUGCUUCGUUUGUGUGGACGCUUGGCAGACAGCAGUUCACUCCAGAUCGUAACAUCCACGUAGUGGGUGACGAUGGACUGACUACCAGUACCAGCAUUGCUACAGUGUCUGCCGUGGGAAGAAACCACGGGGAAACAUUGCAGUGCAGUGCUUCGAACGAGGAUGGCGUCCCAGGCAUUUCCAUUAGCGUAACACUCGACGUCAAAGUUCCCCCAUUGGCAUCGCACAUUUCAUUGUACGAUUCCAACGGGAACCGGCUUCAGUCUACAGUCAGGGUCGAGGAAGGUGCACCACACAACUUCACCUGUGUAGUGCGAGGAACCAGACCAGCAGCAGAUAUUUCCUGGCUCAUUGGGGAUCGUGUUCAAGAUUCAGUCGGUCCAUCGGUUAUAGGAGGUGACGAUGUGGUCAACACCUCGGCUACAUUUAUGUUCAUCCCUACUCGAGCAGACAAUGGUUUGGAGUUGAAGUGCGUGGCAAGCACGCCUGAAUCACGGCAACCUUUCCCGUCAGCGACUGUUACACUGGAUGUCAAUGCGCCUCCCACCAACUUUUUCAUAAUGGACUCGGCUGGCAGCUACCCCUUAUCUGGUGGUGUAGCUCAAGUGGUGGAGGGAGAGAAUCAUCGGUUUACAUGUGAAGCACAUGACAUAGAUGCAGAUGCAUCUUUCUCUUGGACACUGGACGGCGAGGAAAUUACCUCAGAUAGCACCAGCACUACCGAGAGCACAGACGGAUGGACAAACCGCACCAGUAGUAUUACGGUGCACACAACAGGCAGCCAGCAUAGGCAGGUAUUACUGUGCAGGGUUUCAAAUGAAGACGGCCAUGUUGGAAUUAGUACCAGCGUCAUGCUGUUUGUGAAAGUGCCACCGAAAGCUUCCUCGAUGUUGUUGUAUGACACCGACGGUACCAGACUCCAAGACGUUGUCGAAAUAGACCAAGAUACCCCGAUGGCCAUUCGGUGUGAGAUUCAGGGAACCAGACCAUCACCAAUGAUUGAGUGGUUCCUCAAUGAUGUCUCGCAAAGUACCGAAGGCCCGCCUUCGGGAGGAGGCGACGGAUUGGUCAACACGACCGACACGUGGACGUUCACUCCUAACAGAACCAAUCACAGACAGGAGGUGAAGUGUGUGGCCAGUACGGCAGAGUCGCAACCACCUUUGCCGUUUGUAGAGGUCACCCUAAUUGUUAAUGGUCCACCAGACACACCCAUGAUCAUCGGCAGCUUGUCAAUGAUUGAGGAUACACCGAUCUACCUGGAAUGCCAAGCGUCAUUGGGGUUCCCAUCCGACUGGUCAUUGCAUUGGUUCAACGGAGAUGAUCCUUUGCCUAGUUACGGAACCAUUUCAAUACCACAAGAUGAUCGGUAUACGUUCACCACUACCUUGCUUUUCACUCCGGUAAAAGAUAAUAACAGAGACACCCUUCGGUGCGCAGCGCAAAGAGAUGAGUGGCCUGUCAGUCCAGAAAGCUCCCUUGGCCCCUUAGAUGUCCAAUAUUGUACUAGGAUGGUCAGCAUGACCGGCUGCCCGCGCAGAGUAGUAUCGGGCGAUACUGUCUCCCUCAGCUGUGUCACCGAGAGUAGCAACCCAGCUACCAAUUUGACUCUGAUGAGAGACGAUGCGGAGCUGACCAAUCAGCCUCAGCCGGCGAUAACUGAUGGCGACUACGAUGGCAACGUGACGAGACUGGAUCUCACGACUGGUGUACUGACCAGGGCAGACGAUGGAGCCGUGUACAUGUGUUGCACGACCAAUACAGGAUGCAGUGCCGUUUGCGACAGUUGUACAUUGAAUGUACCAUAUCGCCCGUACUUUUCUGAGCCGACUGCAAAUCCACCUGGACCUCUCGAUGAGGGUGCUUACGUCAUCCUGUCCUGCAGCGCAGACGCAAAUCCAAUGCCAGCCGACUUCAUCACGUGGGAGAGAGUCGGGUCUCCUGACUCCCUACCUUCUGUUUACAGCGAUGGGACAAGCACCCUGACACUACGCAACAUCAGCAGGGCGCAGGCUGGUUGGUACAGGUGCAGCGGAAACAAUGGCGUGCCGCCUGUGGCGUACUCUAAAAAGAUUGGCGUAGCUGUACACUAUGGAGUAACAAUCACAAACAAGGAAACGGACAACGUCGUGGAGGCAAACGAUGGAGACAACGCCCUCCUGGUUUGUGAAGCCAAGGGAAACCCCCUCCCCAUCAUUACAUGGACGGGCCCAACGGACGCCCUGAUAACCAAUCAGACGGACCCUGGCCGGAUCUUUCAGGUCGAUACACUCACUGGCGGGGGUGCUGUCUACGGUUACACACUGAGGGGCAUCUUGCACAUUAAUAGAGUGGCCGGUGAAGGAGACUACGGCUUUUACUCGUGUCAUAGCGGGAACACCGUCGGCAUGGUGGACACGUUGAGAGUUCAGUUGAGAGAAAGAGUUGACGUUGAAACAACUACAUCAUCCAUUGGUUCGACUACGAGCUUGCCAAGUACAGAAGCUGCAACUACAACUUCCCCGGUUGACCAGGGUUCAACCACUGCAUAUCAAGCUACACCAUCGUCGCCUCGAAAUGUGUCGAUUGAUGCAAGCCGAAGUUCACAUGACUCCAUCACAGUCACAUGGAUCCCUGGGAACGAUGGAGGGAGCCCUCAAUGGUUCUAUGUAAAUUAUCGAGAACUUCUAGCUACAACCGACUUCAAACCCAGCACACUAAGCAACAAACUCCAUGACGUCACCGAGUACACGCUGGUCGGGAAGUUGCGUCCUAGCACUGUCUACGAGAUCGAGGUUUACUCAGAGAACGUCAUUGGCGCCAGUGAGCCUGUCAGAAUCUUCGCUGCAACUCUUGAAAAUCCGACGGAAACCACUACCUUCAGCAGUGGCGAUCAACCUUCUACUGCCACACCCGUGGAGGAUAAAACAACGGCCGCCUUGCCAGGUGUUGGUGCAUCGACAAGCAACUCUGGAUUCGUUGCCGCUAUUGUGAUUCUGGUGAUAAUCGCGCUGAUUAGCAUUGCUCUGGUUGUUGUUCUCUAUCGCAGAAAUCGGAAGACCAACUCUGGGCACGAUGGUCAAAUCCUUGCCAAGAAAAAGUAA